GCGUUACAGGUGCGAGGUCUCCGCCGAAGCUCCUUCCUUCCAGACUGUGUCCGAUCAUGGCGACAUGCUUACAGUCGCGCUUCCAGAGAGAGGACCCCAGAUAGAGGGAGGUAAGCCGAGGUACCAGAUCGGGGAUUUGGUCCGAGUCAACUGUUCUUCCGGACCAUCCAAACCAGCAGCCCAGCUCCAAUGGUACAUCAACGGGAUCAUGGCAAACCAUUCCAACGUGAGAGGACCACGGAUAAGGGUUGUCGAUCGGGAAGGUCUGGAAGAGACCAUUCUCGGCUUGGAGUUCCGCGUCGAUAGGAGGCACUUCCAAAAGGGAGACCUGAAGUUGAAGUGCCUGGCCAGCAUCGGGACGGUCUACUGGAACUCGAACGAAGAGAGCGUAGAGGGAGAGCGACCGCAGAGACCGCCAGCACUGGAAGUCAAGGACACCAAGCCCCACACCUCGAGGGCUGACAGGGUAUUAGUUUCUUCAAGCGCUGCUCGAGGUCCCGCCAUGGCCAGCCUUCUGAUCCUACUAUGCUCGAUCUUAGCUGUGAGGUAACUCCACAGCGAUGGGUAUCCACUGACGUUCUGUACAUAGUGUAAAUAAAACUUUUCACAUUUUUGGAAUUGUUGUCGUUAUUAUUUUUUCCGUUGAAUAAUCGAUAAAUGUCAUCGUUUCCUAUACUUCGAAGUUACCAAAGAACUAUUGUAAAAAUUGAAGAAAAAAAAAAUCUAUGUAAAUGUUUGUAUGUAUACUAAAUUAGUAGAACCUUAAAAAAUAAUAUUUAUAUUACAUUUUCGUUUUGUCUUCUUGAAUGUAUAUAAAAAGUUAUAAUUUUUUUUUGUAAUUGUACAAAUAAAAAAAGUUAAU